UCCUUUAAACUCCUAGGAUUUCUUGAUGUUAAAAGUGUCCCAUGUGCACGAGAAUCGGUGCUCUAUGGCUCCGUGGGAUCCUUUGUUGUGGGUCUUGGACAUUUUUUAGCAACUAGUAGAGUUCGAAGAUCUUGUGACUUUGCAGUCGGUGGCUUUAUUUGCACAACGUUAGGAUACUGGUUUUACUGCAGAUACAAUUUGGCCCAACACAGGAUCCGGCAGAGGAUGCUUAAAGAAGGAAUGAGAAACAAACUUUUAUUUGAAGGCACCUCUCUCGAUCCAGAAAGCAAACAAACGGGCCAUGAAAGCAGCAAUUCAUAG